UGUUGGCGCUAUAUAAUGAAGAGAAACGACAGCUUCGUUCUAUGUUGCGGUAAACAAAGUGCAGUGACAGUGAUACGGUUCUUCUGGAAACGAAGGCUUUUGACCAACUCGGUUCGUAUUAAACAGCCACAUCCUGAGAUGAAGCUGGCAAUACUCCUGGCAGUGUGUUGCCUCAUAUUUGGCGUCCACUCGUCUCCGAUCGUCACGGUAAACUCGGAUAGUCAGCCGACCGGCGAUGUGUCCAACAGCGGCGAAGUGGAAUCAGGACGACAGGCUCCGGCAGACGCUGGUCCGGCUCCAGUGCCUGCUCCGGACGAUGACGACGAUGACGAUGAUGAUGAUGACGAUGACGUAGACCUAGACAUUACUGAGGACGACGAUGACGACGAGGACGACGAAUCCAAAGACGAUGAUGAUGAUGAUGAUGAUGAUUAUUUCGAAAGAUUCUUCGAUGAUAUUUUAGGAGAUGACGAUGAUGAUGAUGAUGACGAUGAUGACACCCCUGUUCAGUCGCCUGCAGCCUCUGCAACACCCGUUGCCCAGGCAACGCCCCAGCUGGUUUCUCAACAGGCCGCAAAGCCGAUAAACACUGUAGUGUCCGCGGACUAUUCUUCUCUCGACUAUACAGCCCCUGGUGAGACAUUGUCUGCAGUAUCUGAUUCCUCCGGAGCCAACGCCGACUCCGGAGUCGCUCCCGUGUACGACGACGUCGGCCCCGAAGAACAGGCGGUCGGAAGCUUUUCCCAGAACGACAACAACGCUCCCGGAGGACUCGACUUGACUCCUGACAAUACUGACACACUGAAACCGGAAGCCAUUCCGCCAGCUAGCAGUGGCGCGACAUCUGACGAGGACGAUGAUGACGAUGAUGAUGAUGAUGAUGACGACAUUGAUGUAGAUUUAUACGAUGACGAUGAUGACGAAGAUGACGAUGACGACGACGACGAUGAUGAUGAUGACGAUGAUGACGAAAUCGAGGAUGUUGUUGGUGAUGAUGUCAUUGAAGCUAAGAGAUCACGUUCGCUUGAGGCCAACAGUGGUAAUGCUGUUCCCCCUGUUUAUAUCACCAAGUACAAUCGCUUUGUGGACAACAUCUUGGAAAGAAUAAACAGAAUCCUGAGGAAGAACUAUGAACCUGUUAAUGUUCGUCUUCAUAACAAUAACAACAAUAAGAAGAAAAACACCAACAAGAACAACAACAAUAAAAAGAAAAACAAGAACAGGAACAGGAGGAGGCGUCCAAAUGCUAAUAAGAAAGGAAAUGGGAGAACUGGUCACAGGUCGGAGGACAUCUCACGAUCUACCACGGAAGCUAUAGAGGCAACAAUGAAUGAGUCUGUGGCAGCCAUCUCAGCACAACUGAUAGUACAACCACCUAAUGAAGAACAAGUGACUCCUGUCCAAGAUCUCAACUCUACUGAUGCAGCAACAGUACUUUCUAACGCUACUGCCACAACCACAGAACUAGCAACAACAAAACGGUCAUCUGAUGAUGGGAUGAUUAGUCGAGCAAGACCGCAACAACAUCGCAAUAAAAAUGACAACAAAAAAACAAAAAAGAAUAAGAACAAGGGAAGACAGCGCCCUGGUGCUAAGGCAACUUUAUAUGGUUUGUCCUCCAUACAUCGAGAAGGUGAUGUCGCAGUUAACAUGAUGAGCUCACACACUACUGUUAAGACAAAGUUUACGGUUGGGCCUCUGAUCCUCAAAGUAGAGAAAGAGUUUGGCCGUGGCGCUAAGAAAAAUAUCAGAAGUGCGACAGCCACAACAACAGAAAUGAUAGGAAAGUUAAAUCUGAGAGUUUUACAUGGUGGAGCAGCCACUCUUCACUCAAUCAGAGUGAUGCAACCCAAACAGGUGCGCGUGGAGAGUUCAGAUGACCAUGACAAAACCCGAGAAUAUGUUUGGAGGCGUUCAAGUCAUAUUGCUCGAGUUGUGUCACAGAAAUUGAUAAAUGCAACAAAAUCUAUGCUGCAACCACCACCAAUUCCAAAUAACAGCAUUAUAGCAUGACUAACCGAUCUCUUUUAAAAUUUCCACAACAUAUUCUAUAUAUCACACCAUAAUUUGAUCCUGUUUGAUACUCAUAGCCAUUGAUAACUUUGACAAAUACUUUAUAUUUAUCUAUGCUCAUUUUUUGAUAUUAUAAGCAUUAUUUAUGUAUUUAUUUAAAUUACAUGUUUUACUC